AUGAACAAGUCUAACACUUCAGAGAGAAGAAAUCAGCUACAUAAAUAUUUAUACAAAAGAAAGAACAGACAGAUACCUAUCAGUCUACUAGCAAAGGUGCUUCUUAUAUGCAUGCUUUUAUCUAUGCAGAAUGUCUUAGGGUUAUUAAGCGAAGAGGACAUGAAUACAGUGAUAAGAGUAUUAUUAAGUGGAACAAAAGGUAAGGUGAGCAUUAAAAUAGGUGGGAAUAUUAGCCCAAUUAUUCUAUAUGCAUAUGGAAAGGUUGAUAUUCUUUACAAUAAUCGAUUUACUGAUUUAUACAUAAAAAAAUAUUAUUUUACAUCACCGAAUAAAGGUCUUUUCUGGAUAAGAGAUUCAACAAACGACAUAGCUAGAGAAGAGGAUUCAGAGGGAAAUAGGCUCCCGAAUAGAGUUGUAGACCACUACAAUGCACUGAUUAACAUGUUCCCUUCCCCAUAUGAAAAAAUAAGCAUCUAUCCGAAAGAAGGCUGCAAAGACUUUUUCACCUCUUUCUUGAAGAGUGACCCUGUCAAGGAAUAUGCGCAUAACAUCCUUGCAAUACUUUUUCUGCGGGCAGAGGGAGUGCCUGUGCCGCUGAUAAUUGAGGACGAGGAAAGCGCAUGCCCAAGACUUACAUGGACAGAUGAGUUCAAUCCAGAGCAAUCCUUCAGUGUUCCCAUAUGCAUUGCUAGUGCAGAAGAGCAGGAAAGCAGUGACUCUAAUGAAGAAGCAAAUAUAAAAAAAAGUAGCAGUAAAAUAGUGCAGACUAUUAAGUACUUCCUUAAUGCAGAGUCCUGCCAGGAGCUUGAAGAGAGUAUAGCGCUGAAGGAAUCUGCCGAGAAAGAAGUUUAUUGGAAGAAUGAGUUUACUAAGACCCCAACAUGGCUUAUACAGUCAUACAUAUACUACUAUCUGGAAACUAUAGAUGAUAUAGAUAAACUCUACUAUAAUAUAAUCAAAAAAUUGGUGUUUUGUAAGAAUAAGUAUCCACUUGGUAGUAAUUAUAGAAAUAUUGCACAGAAGUUCUUUGAAAAGUCCUUUAUGUGCGAAGGUGAAGAUACGCAGUCAGACGUGUUAAAGUGGUGGGGGAAGAUAAAAGAGUUUGAAGGUAUGGCUGAAGCUAGUAAAAAAAUCCGACUACUUCCCUUUGCAGAUAAUAGCCUGCUCCCUACCAAAAUAACAGUUGGAGCAAAUACCCAAGGGAGUGUACAGCCAGAAGAAUGGCUAAUUUCAAGUGACAUAGAGUCUGUGCUGCUUACUUUAUUAUGCUGCAUUGCAUAUGACCCGAAGACAGAUAAAUACAAUUUUGACCAUCUUCCAUACAUGUCAAAGGAAGUGAAGAGUCUGUUUGCCAUGCCAUCUAAAAACGCGAGUACCUCUAGCGAUUCAUCCGAAACAAGUGGAAAUCCAGAUAUAAACAACCCACCAAGCAGUAAUACGCCUGUCAUUCAGGUAGGGCAGAAAAUACCACAAGAGGUUCAGAAAAAAUGGAGUAAAAUAAUUAAGAACUUGGUGAAGCGCAAUACAUACAUAAGUUACACAACACUAGAGAAUAAUAAGCGUGUGAUUGAACCAGAUAUUUUAAAUAUUCUCAUAAUAAUGAUAAAAGUUACAGGACUGGACUGCAGUAAAUAUAUAGAGCAAAUACACGAGUACAGAGAAAGACUACAAGAUCGAGAGCAGAUGGAUGGAUCUUUCGGAAUAACCUGUUUUACAAAAGGAAUUGCAGAGUAUGCAGAAGUAAUAUUUUUUCAUAUGACAAGAGAAUUCUUAAAGAAUAAAACACUUGCAGAUGUAUUCUCAAUAUCUUCUACAUCUUCUAAUGAUAAGAGAAUAAUGCUUGUGAACUUUGUGGAUUAUAGUAUUCAGAUAGUGAAUAAUAAAAACUAUUUGACUGGAAGUAUAGUGAUCCACUAUGUAACAAAAUGCAGGAAUCAGUCGAUAGUUAUUCGUUUUGUGACACCAGAAAAAGUUCAUUUAGGAAUUCGUAAGUGUGCUGUAAAUUCGGGUUGUUCUAAGUUACAGAUAGAAAUACCCAAGAUUCCAAUAGACAGCUAUAUUCUGCAUGUUCUUUCUGAAUAUGUAAAAACCAUAAACCCACCCGAACCCAGUGAUAUAACCCGAAAGUUUCAAGCACUCCAAAUGCCCAGAAUGCUGCCUCGAACACCCUAA